AUGCGCGAGUGGUUUGCAUAUAGGUUGCAAGAAAGAAAAGGGGAAUCACCUAUUGUUCUUCAAUCUAGGAGACUGUUCCAGCAAUUUCUGGUGGACUCUUAUACCAUGGUUGAAGCUGAUAGAAUGCGAUAUUAUAGGACAAUACAGCCAAAACUGCGAGUGGAACGUUACAAGGGAUUGCACGAGUGCUUGGUCCUUGGAGAAACAAAUGCAGCUGCAACAGGUCAGCGAAUCAUAUUGCCUGGAUCAUUUACUGGAGGGCCGAGAUACAUGUUCAACAAUUGCAAGGACUCAUUUGCCAUUUAUUCAAUCACCAUCGAAUUUCAAAAGCAAGGUCUUCCUCACGCACACAUUUUGGUCUUUGUCCAUGCCAAAUUCAAGCCCAAGACCCCCGAAGACAUCGACAAAGUUAUAUCCGCAGAAAUUCCAGACCGUACCAACAAUCCUGAAUUAUUUGAGGCUGUGCAGAAGUAUAUGAUUCACGGACCAUGCGGUGUACUAAAUUUGAAGUCACCAUGUAUGAACAAUGGAAAAUUCUCCAAGUUCUUUCCUAAAGAGUUUAGGACGAGGACCAUUAUUGAUGAUGAAGGUUUUCCUAAAUAUAGAAGAAGAGAGGAUGGCAGGACUGUCAAAAAGGGCAAAAUUGUGCUGGAUAAUAGAUAUGUUGUACCAUACAACCCAUUGCUACUCCAAAAAUAUAGAGCUCACAUUAACGUUGAGUACACGUGCCAGACAAGUGCAAUAAAAUAUCUUUUCAAGUAUGUCCAUAAAGGCAACGACAGAGUGACGGCUGAAUUUUACCGAACUUCGGAUUCAAGUAAUCCAUCCCAGGUGAUUGAUGAAAUAAAAAAUUACUAUGACUGCAGAUACAUCUCGGCGUGUGAGGCAGCAUGGCGAUUGUUUGGAUUUGAAGUGCACUAUAGAGAGCCUCCAGUUGUGAGGUUGCCAUUCCAUCUUCCGGGUGAGCAAAGCGUAGUGUACAAUGACGGUGAGACAGUACAGGAUGCAAUUGAAAAGGCCGACAUUAAGAAAAACAAGUUUAUAGGUUGGAUGGAGGCUAACCAACUUUAUGCGGCUGGACGAGACAUUACUUAUUCAGAAUAUCCCACCAAAUUUGUUUGGAAAGACGACACAAGAGAAUGGCGCCCUAGAAAACAGGGUUUCUCAAUUGGUAGAAUUUCACAUGUGCCUCCAUCAUGCGGCGAGGACUAUUACUUAAGGAUCCUUCUGAACGUUCAAAAAGGUUGCACGAGUUUUAAAGACAUUCUCACUGUGAAAGAAGUGACCUACAUUACUUUUAAGGAUGCGUGUUGUGCUCUUGGUUUGCUAGAAGAUUACAAAGAAUUUGUAGACGCAAUAAAAGAGGCCAGCUUCUGGGGGUCAAGAGAGUAUCUUAGAAGACUGUUUGUGGUGUUGUUGAUGUCUAACAACAUGUCAAAUCCCGAGGUAGUUUGGGAUAAGUGCUGGCAAGAGCUUUCAGAUGAUAAUCUCUACAGACAAAGAAGACGCUUAGAUUACCCAGACAUUGUUGUCGAAGACGUUGGACAAAGACUGAUUGUAGAGGAGUUGAAUUACGACAGGAAUGAAAUGAGUGAAUACUUGGACCAAUGUCUCUCCUCAAUAACUGACGAACAAAGGCAUGCGUAUGACAAAAUAAUUAACGCCGUCUAUGGAAACAAAGGUGGAUUUUUCUUCCUGUAUGGCUACGGUGGGACGGGUAAAACCUUUGUCUGGAAAACGCUUUCAGCAUCCAUUCGAUCAAGAGGUGAUAUUUUUCUCAAUGUGGCUUCAAGUGGUAUAGUUGCACUGUUGUUGCCUGGAGGAAGGACGGCGCACUCCAGGUUCAAGAUUCCCAUACCUAUAACUGAGGAUUCAACAUGCAACAUAAAGCAUAACAGCCCUCAUGCUAAAUUGCUGAUAAAGGCGAAACUGCUCAUUUGGGACGAAGCUCCUAUGAUGAGUAAAUGGUGUUACGAGGCUUUGGAUAAGUGCUUGAGAGACAUUUUGAGGUUCACCCCAGGAUAUGACUCCAGCUUGCCGUUCGGAGGAAAAGUUGUGGUUUUGGGCGGUGAUUUCAGGAAAAUCUUACCUGUAAUUCCAAGGGCAUCCAGGCAAGAUGUCAUCAGUGCAACAAUAAAUUCAUCCUAUCUAUGGCCUUUUUGUGAAGUUCUUUGUUUGACAAAGAACAUGAGACUCCUGGAAGGAUCUUCGUGCUCAAGUGCAUCAGAUAUAGCAGAAUUUUCAGAAUGGCUGUUGACUAUAGGUGAUGGCAAGGUCGGACAGUCAGUUAACGGCGAAUCAGAAAUUCAAAUACCAGAUGAAAUCCUUAUAAAAAACUCAGAAACCGGUUUUGAAGACUUGGUCAAUUAUACCUACCCUGAUUUGUUGCGUAACAUGUCUAACUCUGAAUACUUCAGGGAAAGAUCCAUUUUGGCCCCCACGAUUGAACUGGUUGGAAAGGUCAAUGAUUACAUGAUGUCUCGGGUCUCGGCAGAAGAAAGGGAAUACUUGAGCUCUGAUUCAAUAUACAAAGAAGACGACAAUGUUGAGAGUGAGCUGGAUGCAUUUUCCCCCGAGGUAUUGAAUGCGAUGAACUGUUCAGGACUGCCACCGCAUAAGUUGAGUUUGAAAAUUGGAGUCCCAGUAAUAUUAAUGAGAAAUAUCGACCAGUCCAACGGAUUGUGUAAUGGAACAAGAUUGACGGUGAAGAGAUUUGGAGACCAUGUCAUUCAGUGCACCGUUCUAACUGGGACUAAAGCUGGAUCUACUGUACUGAUUCCUAGGAUGACCAUGAAUACAAAUAACACAAAUCUACCGUUCCAAUUUCAGAGACGGCAGUUGCCUAUAUGUGUCUGCUUCGGUAUGACGAUAAACAAAGCGCAGGGACAAACACUAGGGUGUGUUGGGUUAUAUCUUCCAAGACCGGUUUUUAGCCACGGACAAUUAUAUGUGGCGCUAUCAAGAGUCAAAAGCAAACAAGGGCUAAGGAUCCUCAUAGAAAACCACGACGAUCUCCCUUCUAAUACAACAAUUAAUGCUGUGUAUGAAGAAGUGUUUGACAAUAUAACUCCAUAA